CGGAAGUGUUGAAGGCUAUUGGCUCUCCACUGACAGCCUGGAGUUCAACAUUUGCCUAUGUUGGAGAACUUGCACCCAUUAAUGUCUCGGUAAGCAGACUUUGAGGUUAACAGAGAACUGAAAACAGUGUGCUUGUUUCAGCAGUUCCCGCCGAGCAGAGACACAGCGGAGCGGCAGCAGAUCCCGGUACCGCCCCCGCUGUCUGUCCGUCAGUGUCACCGUCACAUAGUGCUGUACAGCUGCGCGCCACUUCUUGCUCCCGAGCGCUUCCUUUUUCUCAGUCCCACCGUUGCAGCUUCAGCACCGCGGCAAUGUGCGAAUACUUCAGCUUGUCGGACUGCGACAUCAUCGGCUUCGAUCUGGACCACACGCUGUGCCGUUACCAUCUGAAGGAGACUUCCAGGCUCAUCUAUGAGAGCUUUGCCAGGUAUCUGGUGGAGCAUAAGGGAUAUGACAAGGACCUCCUGAAUCUGACUCCCGCUACCUGGGAUUUCUGUUUUAAGGGGUUGGUGGUGGAUCUGGAGGAUGGAAACAUUGUGAAGUUGGCUGAAGAUGGCACUGUUUUAAGGGCAACACAUGGAACCAACAACCUCAGCACAGAAGAACUCAUGAAACAUUAUGGGCCAAAACGGGAGUGGAAGCACUUCAACAGCCUAAACACAUCCUUCACAAGAUCAGCAAAAUACUACUUCUAUGACAAUUACUUUGAUCUUCCGGGGGCUCUGCUCUGUGGAAAAGUUGUGGACAUGUUACACAAGCGGGGAAAUGAGGUGAACUCCAACUUUUGGAAAGACAUGUUGGCUGCCAUUGACCACAAUUACAAUACAGCUGCAUUCAAAGAGGAUGCAGGGACUUACUUCCCCAGUAUAAAGAGGGAUCCAGCACGUUACUUGCAGCCCUGCUCAGACUCUGUGAAGACCUGGCUGCGCAGCAUGAAGACCGCUGGGAAGAUCCUCAUCCUCAUUACCAGCUCCCACAGUGACUACUGCAAGCUAAUCUGUGAAUUCAUCCUAGGGAAGGACUUUGAGCAGCUGUUUGAUGUCAUCAUCACAAACGCCCUGAAGCCUGGGUUCUUUUCCUUGAUACCCCAUCAGAGGCCUUUCAGGACCCUUAUGAAUGAUGUGGAAGAAACAGAGGGGCUUCCAUCUCUAGACAAGCCCGGGUGGUACUCCCAGGGCAAUUGGCCACACCUCCACGAGCUGCUCAAGACCAUGACAGGAAAACCAGAACCCAAGGUGGCGUACUUUGGAGAUAGCAUGAGGUCAGACAUAUUCCCUGCCAACACCUUUGGGAAGUGGGAGACUGUGAUGAUAGUGGAAGAAAUGGAAGGAGAGGGUGGUCCGAAGAGUGACGCAGAAUUGUCCAACAACACUCAGGUGGAGCCGCAGGAGAAAAGGGGAAAAUUUGAGGAGCAAGGCAUGAAGUCACCCUCUGCUGUGUCUAACCAGUGGGGGUCCUACUUUGUUGACAUGCACAAAAGCGAGGUGCAGAAGCUGACUUGGUGCUGUCACUGUAUUCACACAUACAGUACCAUGGCUAUCCCCAGUGUGGAGCACAUAGCAGAUCUUCCUCUGGAUUACAAGUUUCCCAGGUUUUCCCCAGACAAGCCCUGCACUACCGGCUACUACCCGAAGCCUCCAGAUUCUGUCCUGAAGAUGUAUGAGAAUCUGUCAUAAAAAAGGAAUGUUGUGGUAGAAAACAGAAUAAUAAGGAAGAGAAAAAUAAGUCCUCCUUAACCCCUCUGCCUCAGAAGAGGAAUGUGCCUCUGUUUUUUUGCUUGUAGUUUUCCAGUCAGCCCUGAUAUUGCAGGGUGAGUACACUCAUCACCCAUUCAGACAAACCAUGUGAAUGUAACUCUGUAAUGACACCUACAUUUGAAAGCUGUUUUGUGGUUCAGUGUCCCAAAUCUAUAAAAAUACAAGAAAACACUGUUUGUGUGUCCAUAUGUGUAUUGCUGUCUUGUUUUAAACAGGUGAUCUGCCCCAACGUCUCUAAAAUAAGGUAAAUGUCUGCUCAGCUCUUUUACCGUGAACUGAUUACCUCAAUAACAAGUUCUGCUGUAUGCUAAACCGGAGGACUUCACAUCUUAGUUCAUUGAGUAGACUAGUGUUUUUGUGAAGUUGUCUUUUUUUAAUGAUGGUUUAUAUUUUAGUUACUUUAAGAUUAGGUAAAAACUUGUUCUGUGGAUGUUACUGUUGCCACAAAAUGGGCACAAUGUUUUCCUUUUUGUCUUAGGUGUACAUGUAGCUCUCUUCAUGGUUAUGUUGAAAGACAGAAGACUAUACUGAAUGUCCUCAAUAUUCUUUUAAAGGUGACAUUAUUCACAUGUGCACUAAAACAUGCUUUAACUGACCUUUGAAUGGUUAUUAUGUCCAUUUGCAUUAAGUCUUGCCAUAAAACGCUAGGAACACUCAAGUCUGCAUAAGUAUUUUACUUGCUGUUAAAAAUUAUUGAGAUUAAUUUUAACCACCUGGAGUGCAUUUUGGAAAUGAUUAGCAGGACUUGUGAUUAAGCCUGGAUUAGAAAGUAUAAGAUCCUCUAAAUUCUAAACACCUGAAUUUUGGGUCUAUAAACAGUCAACACCCCUUUUUGGUUUAAGGAACCCCUCAUUCCUUUUCAGGAUCACUUCAGACUUUUCUGCCAUUCAGAUAAAUCAGGGAAAAUCACAAAAAUAUAUGUGCUUAAAAACAUGCCAAUGGGACUGUGCAACUGAAGGAACAUGCCAGCACUGACUUCCCAAAAAUAACCAACAAGCCUUGGUCAACCAGUCCUUACGUCCAAACUAGUUCUCUACAUGAAAUCAGUUCUUCAAAUACAAAGUCAGGUAUGUAAUCCGCAACAUGUAAUUUUCAGCAUCAGAUACUAAUGGUGAACUUAUUUCUCAGAUUAACAGACAGGGCACUGUGCUUAUUAGCACUGGUCUUAUUGCAUCCCCAGACAUCACAGUCAGGCAUUUAAAACACUGACUGAAGACAUCAUUCCAAGCUCUCUUGGAAUGAUGUCUUUAACAAAAAGACAUCAUUCCAAGCACUUGAUUGAGUUUGUACUCUGUAUAAUACCGAUGUCUAAUUUCCAUCAUGUACUCUUUGGUAAUCUGUAGACAGUGCCAGUUCAUCUGAAUUAAUAUAAUAGUUACAACAACAUUCAAUUUCCCUUUGGGGAUCAAUAAAGUAUUUUUGAAUUUAAUUUGAAUUAAAUUUGAACUGGUUGUAAUGCACCACUUAAACCUUGAUUAAGGAACCACAUCUUGUUCUUUACUCAAGGGAGAAGAUGUGGUUUAUUUCACAACUUUACUGAAAUGCGGGGAUUUUUUAUGACAGUGUAUAAAGGCCAGUGAGGUCCAAAACACUAGAACAUCUAAUGACAUCUAAUGACUGCUGAUAAUUCACUGCCAUACUGUUAAUCAUUCAAACCUACUGUGCCAAAAACAAAUAGCCACUUCUGGAUUGAUUCAGUAUCAUCAGUUCUCUAUGGCCUUCUUGCUUUGUCCAUUUGCUUUAUUGGUUCUCCUUAGAAUGUUGUAGUAUUUGUGAUACACCCAGACGACAUACAGUCCGUCAAUCAUUCUUAUCAUUAUUAUGAUGAUAACAAGGAACAAGAUUUUUGCCCCUAAACAGUCAGCAUUACUGAUGUCAUAUUGGUCAUCCAAUGUGAAUUGUUAGUUGUACUUUGUAUGUAAGUGUUUUUUUUUUUUUUUGCACAGUUGUUGUGAUUGUACCUGUACAUCUUUCAUCUGACAUGGAAAAUAUUUUCACACUUGCCUUAUGUUGGUCUUAUUUAUGGUCUUAGAUCUUGAAAAGGCAGAGGAAAUUUAUUUCUGUGUUUAGGUGUUAAGAUACAGCCGACUGAAUAAAAUGUUCUGUGAUUUUUA